ACACUACAGUCCAGUUGGUGGCGGUAAUGCACCUACAAGUUGGUUUGCCAACCGCCAAUAAACACUGAAGAAGAAGAAGAAGAAGAAGAAGAAGAAGAAGAUGCAGAAGAUGCACGUUCAUUUUCGAGAGACACACUUCGAAGAGAACAGCUGAUAUUCUUCUACUCAACAAAAAUCAACAGUAACGGGAUUUUUUGUCUCAGUUAUGGUCAACACAUGCCCUAUGUGUCUGAAGGAUUACACGGCUUUAAAUCAACAUUUAUUAGUCACUCACAAAGCGUGGAAUAAGGAUGAAAGGGAACUUUUAGUUAAAUUGGCUGGUGGCAAGAUUUCUGUGAGGUUACAUAAGUGCCCAGUCCCGUCAUGUGUUCAGGGUACAUUUACCCGUCUCGACCGCCACAUGAAUACCCACAAAGAACUCUCUGCUGCAUCCAAAGACAAGCUACUGAAAGUUGUCAGGAAACGUCUAAUGUUGGACACGUUGGCGGGGCUGAGGGCAACCAAUCCGACGGUGCCAAUGGUGUCCAGACUGGACCUGGAUCAGGCAGAAGGCCUGGAAUGGGACAAGGAGGAGGAGGAGGAGGAGGAGGAGGAGGGAGAGGAGGGAGAGGAGGGAGAAGGCCUGGUGGCCAAGUUAAAGAGGACAAUUGUUUCUAUGAAUGAUGCACUCCAAGUAGCCCAUGGCUAUAACAGAACAUUGAAAAGGUCCUACGUAGCGCUGCAGCGCAAAUAUGUGAAGUUACAGAAACAAAUGCAGAUAUUUGGACCCGCAGAGCCGCCGGCCCUCCAGACAUCGGAAGCGGGCCCCUUCUAUUCAUGCCGGUCGACGGAAUUCCCGGACCUCAACGUCUUAUUGGAAUGCUUUAAAAAGAUGCAAGAGGGACCUGAUCCUUCCCCCAAGCUCCUAAAUAAUGUGCAGUCAAAGCUGAACAGGAUCAGGACAUUCGUAGGAUGGAUGAUCCGGGACAAGACACAGCUGGGAAGACUGCAAUUCCUGUGCGAUGUGGACCGUCUUCGGGAAUGGGUGAAGUCUCUGAGGGGAAGUAAGUUGGCGCUAUCAACGACCCUGAACUAUUUAAAAAAUGUGCGACAGUUUCUCCGUUUUAUCCAAGAGAUGCCACCUCCUUCCUCGAGCAUCAACAAGAAUGAUCUGAAGAGGGUCAUCAAGGAGUUGACGGCCUCAAUAAAGUCCUGGAACCGCCCUGUGGUCCUUCACCAGUUGAGGGUCAAAGAAAAAAAGGAUGCCGCACUGCAUUCCAUCAAGGACCUCCAGGAGUGCCGCAGAUUGGCACUGGUGGCCAUCCCCAAAGUCAUCUCUAAACUGGAAAAGCACCACACCACAACAGACCGCAAUAAACUGUUUGGCUUAGUCCUCGCUUACUUGGCUUCUCUCUACGGUCACCAAGCCGGAGUGUUUCUUAACUUGACCGACGAGCAGGUCAGCAAGGCAGUGUACGGACCAAAGGAGAAUGACUACCUCAUCAAAGUGGAGGAGCAAAAGACGAAUGAGAGUUUUGGGACAGCCACGAUGCUGCUCACUGACCAAGAGUACGGCUGGCUCUCAUUCAUCAUCAGUCUGAAAAAAAAGUGGGCCAAAGGAGGAGAAGAAGUGUCAAAAUUCUUGUUUUUUAACACCACCUUCAGCCAGGACAUGAACCUGAACAAUUACCUCAAGAGUGCCUGGUCAAACAUGCAGCUGAGCGGGGAAGCUACCUUCACCAGUUUGAGGAGCGCCGUGGAAACCUUUGCCAGGGACAGACAUGGGGAACACUCCCAGAAAUGGAAAAAAAUGGCACGUCUCAUGUGCCAUGACACAAAGACGUCGGACACAUACUAUACAAUGGAGCAGACACGGAAAGGUCGUCAGCUAUUUGAAGAGGCACAGGAGGAGGAGGAGGAGGGAGCGGUGAGUACGAAGAAGCAAGAGAGCACCCCACCUCAGUCUGACGAGGGAGAGGAGGACAAAGAUGAGGAGGAGGAGGGAGGAGAGGACGACAAAGAUGAGGAGGAGGAGGGAGGAGAGGAGGACAAAGACGAGGAGGAGGGAGAAGAGGACAAAGACGAUGGAGAGGAGAGGAGGACAAAGAGGAGGAGGGAGCGAUAAAUUGCAACAAGAGCACCCCAACGGUGACAAGGAGCCGGAGAAAGUGCAGGGUCCUGUUGUCCCCCCUUAAGAAGAGCCCCCACAAAGUAUCCUAUCGCAUCAGAAAGCGGCCAAGGCGUGUAGCGAAGAGAACUCACAAAGAUGUGUAUCCUACUGUUUUUCUAAAUGCACAAAGUUUCAAUGUGCUGUGUAUUUUUACGUUUUUUUUUUUAAAGAACUUUUUUAAAUAAAGGUUUUAAAUGAUUCAAA